CAUGUAAGGAUGCACAUAUAAAAUGAAGUGUGGUGAUCGAAUACUAACAUCUCUUAAAUCGUGUGCUUCCCGUUCGUAAUCGGAGUUUCAAACUUAUCAGAAUAGCAAAAUGAAAUCCAUCUUUACAUUUUGUUUGCUGUUUUUAAGCAUAAUGGUCUAUGCAAGUGCAUAUCCUAAGUGGGGUGGAAGCAGUUGUUCGACUGACAACGAUUGUGGUGAAACUGAAUGUUGUCUCAAACAAUUUGGAGGUGGUUUUGGACAUUGUCUAAAAAGACCACAAGAAGGAGAAAUGUGUAUUCCACAGAAAUUUGAUCAAAUGUUUCAGCAAGUUUCAUGUCCUUGUGCUGAUGGUUUAGUAUGCAUGAAGGGAGGCAAAGAUAAAUCUGCUGGGAUGAAGUAUUCUUCACCUCCAAGAUGUCAACCGGCUCCAGAAUCUUCAGAAGAAAAGUGAAUGCAAUCAUUAGUUAAACUAUUACUCUAGUUAUUUGUUAAAAUUAGUUAGCAUGUUAAUAAAAUUCUACACUAAAUA